CGGCGGCAGCGGAGGCGGGCGCGGCAACGUCCCCCGGAAGUGGAGCCUGGGACUUCCACUCGUGCGUGAGGCGAGCGGAGCCGGAGACGAGACCAGAGGCCGAACUCGGGAUCUGACAAGAUGGCCGGGCUGCCCCGCAGGAUUAUCAAGGAAACCCAGCGUUUGCUGGCAGAACCAGUUCCCGGCAUUAAAGCAGAACCAGAUGAGAGCAACGCCCGUUAUUUUCAUGUGGUCAUUGCCGGCCCUCAGGAUUCCCCCUUUGAGGGAGGGACUUUUAAACUUGAACUAUUCCUUCCAGAAGAAUACCCAAUGGCAGCCCCUAAAGUACGUUUCAUGACCAAAAUUUAUCAUCCUAAUGUAGACAAGUUGGGAAGAAUAUGUUUAGAUAUUUUGAAAGAUAAGUGGUCCCCAGCACUGCAGAUCCGCACAGUUCUGCUAUCGAUCCAGGCUUUGUUAAGUGCUCCCAAUCCAGAUGAUCCAUUAGCAAAUGAUGUAGCGGAGCAAUGGAAGACCAAUGAAGCCCAAGCCAUAGAAACAGCUAGAGCAUGGACUAGGCUAUAUGCCAUGAAUAAUAUUUAAAUCGAUUCGAUCGUCAAGUGUGCAUCACUUCUCCUGUUCUGCCAAGACUUCUUCCUUUUUUGUUUGCAUUUAAUGGACACAGUCUUAGAAACAUUACAGAAUAAAAACCCAGACAUCUUCAAUCCUUUGGUGAUUAAAUGCACAUUAGCAAAUCUAUGUCUUGUCCUGAUUCACUGUUGUAAAGCAUGAGCAGAGGCUAGAAGUAUCAUCUGAAUUGUUGCGAAACGUUUAAAAGCAGUGGCCCCUCUCUGCUUUUAUUCAUUUCCCUCAUCAUGGUUUAAGUAUAAAGCACUGUGAAUGAAGGUAGUUGUCAGGGUUAGCUGCAGGGGUGUGGGUGUUUUUCUUUAUUUUAUUAUUAUUAUUUUUUUUUGGUGGGGGGGAAGGUAGUUUUAUUUUAAUUUUAUGGGCUCCUUUCCCCCUUUUUAUGGUGAUCUAAUUGCAUUGGUUAAAAGCAGCUAACCAGUUCUUUAGAAUAUGCUCUCUAGCCAAGUCUAACUUUAUUUAGACGCUGUAGAUGGACAAGCUCGAUUGUUGGAACCAAAACGGGAACAUUAAACAGACAUCACAGCCCUCACUAAUAACAUUGUGACCUUGCUGUCAAGUGUAGAAUCCUCCCUUCAAGAAAAAGCUUGUGACCAUUUUGUAUGGCUUGUCUGGAAACUCCUGUAAAUCUUAUGUUUUAGUAAAAUAUUUUUUGUUAUUCUA